UCCAAAAGCGAGCAAUCAACAGAUACAUAUAUACAGAGAGAAAGAUCACAAAAAAAUAUAUAUCAAAACAUCGAACCAUGGAGCAAUCAACGAGAGCCCUAAUCAUAACCAUCGUGAUAACCUCCAUGUUGGUAGGGUUUGGAAGAUCAGAUCUGAAUCAAGACAGAGAAGAGUGUACGAACCAGCUGGUAGUACUUUCACCGUGUCUCACCUACGUGGGUGGAAACGCAAAAGCUCCAACAAAAGAUUGUUGUGGAGGUUUUGGUCAGGUUAUAACAAAGAGUCAGAAGUGUGUUUGCAUAUUGAUCAAAGACAAAGAUGAUCCUAAUCUUGGCCUCAAGUUUAAUGCAACCCUAGCAGCUCAUCUCCCCACCGCUUGUCAUAUAACGGCUCCUAACAUCACCAAGUGUAUUUCGCUUCUGCAUUUAUCUCCAAACUCGACAUUGGCUAGAGAGUUUGAGAGCUUAGGAAGGAUUGAAGCAAGCGCCAACUCCGUACCUCCUUCGCAAAAUGUUAAAGAUGGGACAGAAGGAGCAAAAGCUGAAUCAGUGAAGAGUGAUGGAGAGAAGAAAAAGAAGAGUUGGUUGGCCGUUGAGCUUUUAAUGUUUGCUCUUUUCUCUCAUCUUCUUUUUGUUAUCUCUUCUUUUACUCCUUCCUCCUUUAUUUAACGUUAUUUUGCAUUCAAUAUCUUAUGUACUUUAUAAUGUUCUCAGUUACAUAAAAAAAUAUUGUAUGCAUGUGUAUGCAUAUGAUCUUAUGCA